GGAGAAAUGGCUUCAAACGGUUCAGCUGUGAAUUCACACAAUGAUAACACACGCAAUGACAUCGAUGAGGGCCUGUACUCCCGGCAACUGUAUGUGUUGGGACACGAGGCUAUGCGCCGAAUGGCUUCAUCUGAUGUACUCAUCUCAGGAAUGGGAGGACUGGGCGUCGAAAUCGCUAAGAAUGUCAUUCUCGGCGGCGUUAAGUCAGUGACCAUUCAUGACGAGAACAAGUGUCAAAUCAGUGAUCUCUCAUCUCAGUACUAUUUGACUGAAACUGAUAUCGACUCCAACCGCGCGGAUGCAUCGCUGAGCCGUUUGGCAGAACUGAAUCCAUACGUUCCAGUGGUGGCCUAUACCGGCAAACUUACCAAUGAUUUCAUCUCCAGAUUCCGUGUAAUCGUCUUAACGGAGUCCUCACUCGCAGAGCAGAAAGAGAUCUCUGAUUACACGCACUCUAAUGGCAUCGCUCUCAUCAUUGCCUCCACUAAAGGACUUUUCGGACAACUGUUCUGUGAUUUUGGAGACAAUUUCCAAGUGAUUGACGCGACUGGAGAACAGCCGCUCUCUGUUAUGAUCACAUCUGUCACUAAAGACGCCGAAGGAGUGGUCACUACUCACGACGAGUCGCGCCAUGGAUUGGAGAACGGAGACAAAGUGACGUUCAAUGAAGUGGAG